AUGGUGAUGAAGGGCACCAGCAGGGCGUACAAUGUGUGGACGGACAAGGAGGAGGACGCGCUGCGGGCGGGCGUGCGGCGGUACGGGAUCGGGGCGUGGGAGCUGAUCCGGCAGGACAAGGACUACCCGGCCCUGAAGAAGAGGAGCGGCGUGCAGCUGAAGGACAAGUGGCGCAACCUGGUGAAGUUCCGCAAGCUGAACGAGGAGGAGCUGCGCAGCCUGCCGACGCGCUCCAGUGGGCCGUGGAGCCGCAGGUGCUGCAUGAGGUGCCCACAGAAUGGGGACGUGGCUGAUGUGGAAGGCAGUGUUGCAUCCCAGGCAGAUGCGGCAACAGCCCAUGCGGAGCAGUCGGACAACUGCAACAGCGUAAACGAUGAGGACAGGUUUGACCCGUCUGGAAAACGACGUUCUGUACGCACGUGUGCGAGGGGGCCCCGUCGCUUUGAUGAGUUUUUCACAGACUUUGAUGGGGUCGAAGGAGAGGCAUUGGGGAAAAGGAGGGUGUUCAGAGUGGGGCAGAGAGGCCGAGAUUGCCAGAAGAUGGCUGUCCGCACUGAGGAUCGGCGUUAUGGCAUCUAUGACGUUCGGAGGUACAUUCAGAGCUUCCAAGGUGGCAAAGGGAAUGGGGGCAUGGAGGCAGUGGCUGGUGACAAGGAGGACGAGGAAUCUUACAUAGUUGAUUGCCCCUGUGGCGUCACAUAUGACGAUGGGCAGAUGAUGAUCGAAUGUGAGCUAUGCAAGGCUUGGGCCCACAUUGCCUGCUUGAAGGCCCAGUUGGACAGCGACCUGGUCGAUCUGCAGUAUUGCGAUUCCUACACUUACCUGUGCAACAAGUGCCAAGCGAGGAGCCCCAUGACUGCUCGCUCGUCCAAUGGAUCAGUGCAGUCUCAAGGGUCUAACAUUUCAGAUGAGGACGUUUGGCACCCCUUGGCAGCAUAUUAUGUGCCAAAGAAGCGGAGGCUGCCUCGCAGGCCCCGGGUGGACAUGAAGAGUUGGUGCUCCUGGCUGCAACCUCUGGGGACGUUAAGUGGCCAGAAACGAGAUGGGAAGGUCAGAUAUGUGGGAGGCAAGAGGCACCUUGAUGAGGCCGAUGGUGUGAGCGGUGUGUUCAGGAUGGGGAACUUUCAUGAUGUGAGAUUCGAAGGAUUUGGGGCACGGCAUGACACUGGGUAUGGUGGCCCUGAUAUGCUGCAUGAGCAGCUGAUGGCUUCCAGUGGUCAGUGGAGGUUUCUGCCACACGACCUUGCCGCCUUGGCGCUCUGCGCACAGGCUCUGCAGUGCCAUCCCCAGGACAUGCCCGCUGUGCCGGCAACCUCCCAGAUGCACCCCAUUCUUCCUCAUGCCAUGGCUGCCCAGUUGGCUCAACACAUGGGCUUGCUGCCCCAUGUCGAUGCCUCAUCUGCUGUACCUGCUGGCUUGAUCGCGGGACCACCACUGCCAAAGAAGCUGAAGACAGAGGAGAGGAUUGCAAGCAGUGGAUUCGACUUUGAGAGGGGCAACUUCCUGGGCAAUGGAGGGUGCUGCAAGCGCAAGGCGGAGGCAUAG